AUGACGGAUUUGCCAUUUGGUAUCACUACUGAAAACCCUGUUGUUCAAAAUUACAAAAGAGUGUUGAUCACUUACCAGAAAUUUGUUGAUGAGUCUGUGCCUCACACCAACUACAGAUGGCUGGGUUUUGCUAUUUUGCUCUUUUUGUUCAUGACAAGGGUUUUCUUAGCGCAAGGCUGGUAUAUUAUCUGCUAUGCUCUUGGAAUCUACUUGUUAAAUUUGUUUUUGGCGUUUCUCACACCAAAGUUUGACCCAUCAUUGGAACAAGAGAUGAAAAAUGAAUCUAUUGAAGAAGGUAUCGAUGGCUCAGAUCUGCAACAGCAACAACUGCACCAGCUGCUGCAACAAGGUUCAAGCGGAGACGAGGAAUUCCGUCCUUUCAUCAGAAGGUUACCCGAAUUCAAGUUCUGGUACAAUGCCACAAGAGCUACAUUGUUGAGUUUGGUCUUGUCAUUUUUUGCUAUUUUCGACAUCCCAGUGUUUUGGCCAAUCUUGUUGAUGUAUUUCAUCAUUUUAUUCACCUUGACCAUGAGAAAGCAAAUUCAACACAUGGUGAGGUAUAAAUACCUACCUUUCGAUUUUGGCAAGACUCGUUACAGAAAGGGUUAG